UAGGUGAAAUAAUCUAAAUUCUUGCCAUGGACGAAUUCUUCUCUGCUAUACUCUACUUGUUUGCAUUUACAUGUUGUUUCCCUCAUAUGAUAAGCUGCAAUAUCUCAUGCCUCCCUCAUGAAAGAGAUGCUCUGCUUGCUUUCAAGAAUGAAUUGCAUCAUCCAUUUCUAUUGUAUUCAUGGCAAGGCUUUAAUUGCUGCGAAUGGAGGGGAGUGGAGUGCAGCUCCCACACCUCCAAUGUUAUCAAACUCCAUCUUGCCAAUCAUGACAUGCAUAAUGUGGAAGAUUACUUGUCUAGUGAGGGAAAUGGUAGGCUUACUACAGAUCUGUUCCAAUUAAAACAGCUACAGCAUUUAGAUCUAAGCUUCAAUUAUUUGACUGGUGUUCUGCCCAAAGGUCUAUUUGCCCUUCACGAAUUGAGACAUCUAGAUUUGAGCUUCAACCAUUUUGAGGGUGAAAUACCAAAUCAUUUUGUCUCAUUGCACAAGUUGGCUUAUCUCAACUUGUCCAUGGCUAGGUUCAAUGGUACAAUUCCAUAUCAACUGGGGAAUCUUUCUCAGUUGACCUUUUUGGACCUAUCUCGUACAUGUGUCUGA